GCUGCUCCGUGUCGUGUGCGUCUCCACGGAUCCUCACAGAGCAACAGCAGGAUUAACUCCGCACUCCUCCCUCCAGGCUUCACCCACAACCUUUACACAUUUGGAAAAGAUUGAAGUUUUGUCUCCACUUUGAAUUUUUAAAACAUAUUUUUCACGGAAUUGACCAAAGCGCGGGAGGGAAAAAAAAAAAUGCGUCUCAUCCAGAACAUGACGACCAUCGCGGAGUAUCCGGCACCGGAGUACCCGGUCCCCAACCGGGUCAUCAAGAUAGCGGUGAUAGGAGGCAGCGGAGUCGGGAAAACCGCGCUCGUGGUGAGAUUCCUGACGAGACGCUUCAUCGGAGACUAUGAGAGAAACGCUGGUAAUCUAUACUCCAGAGAGGUUCAGGUGGACGGAGAGCAAGUGACCAUCCAGGUCCAGGACACGCCAGGAGCCGAGAUGACAGAUAAUGGCAUCAGUCUACCCGACCAUGCGUCCUGCUCCGUCCAGUGGGCGGACGCCGUGGUGCUGGUGUACUCUGUGACGGACCGCCGCAGCUUCGACCUGAUUGAACAGCUGCAUCAGCUGGUGGCUCGUGCGGGCGGUGCCAACACGCCCCCGGUGAUCCUGCUGGCCAAUAAGGCGGACCUGGUGCACCUGAGGCGAGUGGACUCCCAGCAGGGCCCUCUGAUGGCGGGGACCCUGGGCUGCUCGUUCUAUGAAGUGUCAGCCAGCGAAGACUACAGCCAGGUGCACGGGGCGUUCCACAGGCUGUGCUGCCAGCUCGCCAAGCAGCCGCCCGCCGCCUCCAACUCCUCCAACAGCUCUGCCAGCGCCGCCACGGAGAAGAGGCGCUCACCCCUCAUCCCCAGGCCCAAAUCUCCCAAUAUGCAAGACCUGAAGAGGCGCUUCAAGCAAGCACUGUCGGCAAAAGUCAGGACCGUUACCUCAGUGUGAGGAGAGGAAGUGACGGUGGUCCAGAGAGUCCACAGAGAGGAAGUUAGCGUUGAAGGUGGAAGAGGAAAGGACAGAGAAGAUUCUGCCUCUCCUGUGAAGCCCUGUUCCAGUCUGGCUGGAGGAGGCAGGUGAUGCAAUUGGUUCUCUACAGUGUUAGGCAGGUGGAUCGUUACAGAGGUCGUGACCUCUAAGUGAGCGGGUCCUGACAGAGACCACGCGUGAGGAGGAGCAGUGAGGAGCUUCAUUGUCUGUUCAGGAGCAGAGAAGUCGACUGAGGACGUGGGAGCAGCUGUGUGAGGCCGACCGAAGCACACACCCUGCACACGAAAUCAAAAACUAAAUCUCUCCUGGCAACAGCAGCUGUGAAGGACUCUACUGCUUAUUUUUAGCCGGGCUGCCGUUGUGGCAGUUCUGUGUUCAGACAGCCAGAGCUAAAAACUGAUUGUUGUUAUUAUUACCAGCCACUUGAGUCAGGGCUCUGUGCAGCUGUGUGUGUGUGUGUGUGUUCAGUCUCUUGUAUUUCAAUAUCUGCAGUAGAUGUUUUGCAGCAUCCAAAAGAGAAAAAGUG